AUGUCAAGACAUACGAUUCACCGCAGUGGAAUGCAAAGACAGUGUCGAUUGGCGGUCAGGCCGGUCCGGCACCGCAAGCGAUCGGUUCCCGUGGCGUUCCCGCGCAUUCUUGCUGCCGAGGUGAACAACCGGUGUGCACGUCGUCGUCCUUGGAGCCGCGUGCUCCUUUCUACACAGCCUCUACCAAACUACGCGAGGGUUGCCACAUUUCCGUCAGAACCGCUCCGACUGGAAGCUAUGAGAAGCUUAUCUGGUUCUUGA